AAACCCUAAACCCCAGGGGAGUAGAAGAAGUAGAUAGAUUGCAAGUGAAAGCAAAUGCCCUAGAAAACUCAGAGAAAAGAAAGCAGAGAGAUGGAUCACAUAGCAGCAGCUGAAGAGCGAAUUGCGUCAGAGAGAGUACAACAAAAACUACACCAAGUAAAUUUAGCCGCUAAAGAACAUCUUUCUCCUAUCCAAGACCAUGUCAAUUUCACCCUUCAGCAAGCAUACUUCAAAUGCGCGUAUGAGUGCUUUGAUAGGAGAAGAAGCCAUGAUGAUAUCAGCAAUUGUGUAGAAAAUUGCAGCGUCCCAGUUGUUAGAUCUCAACAGAUGGUUGAGAACGAGAUGGCCAAGUUUCAAGAAAGGAUGAAUAGAUCGCUGAUGGUCUGCCAAGAUAGGUAUGAGUCAGCUAAGCUCCAAAAGCAACCUGGUGCCCUGAAUGAUUUGGAGUCCUGUGUUGAUCAGUCAACCCAGGACUGUAUCAAGACGCUGCCACAUCUUGCUGGAAAGUUGAAGGCCUCCUUUUUCAUCAGUGAUUAAGUGAAAAGAGUUACCUUAUUUUUUUUUUUAUCAUGUUUAAAUCCUGGGUAACUGAUAAAAAUUAGUGGAGGACACAGAACCCCAUUUUGUAACCAUUUUUAGGCCUGAAGAUCAGUCAUUUGUUUCUCAAUUGACUUCAAUUCUAGCCUCCAAUUGAUGUUUUGUAAUGCUCAGGAAGUUUUUAGUAUCACUGCCAAGCGUCAUUUUUUGGAGACAUGCUUAAUCAUAAUAUAGAUGUAAGAGUGAAUAGUUGUGAA